AUGAUGAUUUCGGCAUUUUCUCCGGUGAUCUCCGAUCUGAGGCUGGAACACAUCUUGCUGCGCCCUGACACCUAUGUCGGCUCCACUGAGGUUCAGCACCAGGAGCUCUGGGUCUUUGACUCCGUGCAGAGCAGAAUGGUCUAUCGGAAGAUCAGCUAUGUUCCUGCGCUGUACAAGAUCUUUGAUGAGAUUCUGGUGAACGCAGCUGACAAUCUGCAGCGCGACCCACAGGGCAUGGAUAGCAUCAAAGUGGAAAUCGACCAACAGAACUGCUCCAUCUCAGUGUGGAACAAUGGAAGGGGCUUGCCAGUUGUGAUGCACAAGGAGCAGAAGGUCUACGUGCCGGAGUUGGUCUUUGGCCAUUUGCUCACGAGUGACAACUAUGAUGACACGGCCUGCAAGGUGGUUGGCGGCCGCAAUGGCUAUGGGGCCAAGCUGGCCAACGUGUUUUCCACGGAGUUUAAAGUGGAGACUUGUGAUGGCAAGAACAGGUUCACGCAGGUCUUUCGGAACAACAUGCAGGUCAAAGGCAAGCCGGAAAUUGUGCCAAGUAAGGAGAAAUCCUUCACGUGCAUCACCUUCAAGCCAGACCUUGCCAAGUUUGGCAUGACGAAGUUGGAUGAUGACAUCGUCUCGCUGUUGUCCAAGCGCGUCUACGACGUGGCAGGGUCGACACUAGAGAAGUGUGGUGUCCACUUGAAUGGAGAAAAACUGGACAUCAAGAACUUCAGGGACUACUGUGAUCUCUACUUGCUGACCCGGCAGGGUGUGCCGCAGAUCUACGAGAAGUGCUCGGACAGAUGGGAAAUCUGCGUAAGCCUCACAGAGAGCGGCUUCAAUCAGGUGAGUUUCGUGAACUCUAUCUGCACCAUCCGUGGUGGGACACAUGUGACCCACGUGUCGGAUCAAAUUGUCGAGGCCAUCCUGGAGAAGGUGAAAACGCAGAGCAAAGAAAAGGUCAAGGGCGGUGUGGAUGUGAAACCGCACCAUGUGAGAAACCACAUUUGGGUCUUCAUCAAGUGUUUGAUCGAGAAUCCGGCUUUUGACUCUCAAACAAAGGAGACCCUGACGACCAAGCAGUCCAAAUUUGGGUCUCGCUGUGAACUUUCGGAGAAGUUCCUCAGUGAGGUCUCCAGUUGUGGGGUGGUGGACCUCAUCUUGAUGGCCGCCAUGGCCAAGUCCAAAGUUGACUUGGGAAAGAAACUGAAGGCCAAUACUAGUCGCGUGACUCGAUUGACGGGCAUCCCUAAGUUGGAGGAUGCGAAUGAUGCAGGUGGGAAGCUCUCCAGCGAAUGUUCCUUGAUUCUGACGGAGGGCGACUCUGCCAAGGCGCUGGCCGUUUCCGGACUUAGCGUCAUCGGACGUGAUAAGUGGGGCGUUUUCCCACUUCGUGGAAAGGUGCUCAACGUGCGCGAUGCUACGUUGAAGCAGAUGAUGGCCAACGAGGAAAUUCAGAACCUCAUCAAAAUCAUCGGGCUGGACCUCAACAAAGAGUAUGAUGCCGAGCUGAAGGGCUUGCGCUAUGGCUCCAUCAUGAUCAUGGCGGAUCAGGAUACCGAUGGCUCCCACAUCAAGGGCCUUCUGAUCAAUUUGAUCCAUGCCUGGUGGCCCUCACUUGCUCGACUUCCUGGUUUCAUCAAGGAGUUCUUCACCCCCAUUGUGAAAGCCACCAGAGGUAAAACGCAGCUCUGCUUCUACACGCUUCCGGAAUAUGAGGCUUGGAAGACUGAGACCAACGGUGGCAAGGGCUACAAGAUCAAGUACUACAAAGGUUUGGGCACGAGUACUUCCAAAGAAGCCAAGGAGUACUUUGGCGCCCUGGAUACGCACCAGAUCAAGUACCGAUAUGAUGGUGUGGAAGAUGAUCGGUCCAUCGACUUGGCCUUCAACAAGAAGCGCUCGGACGAUCGCAAAGCCUGGAUCAAUUCCUAUGAAGAUGGAAAUCUCAUUGAUCACACGCAGAAGGAGGUCAGUUACAAAGACUUUGUGGACAAGGAGCUGGUUCUCUUCGCCAAAGCCAACGUGUCCCGCGCUAUUCCUUCUAUGGUGGACGGUUUCAAGCCGAGUCAACGGAAGGCCGUGGCGGUGCCGUUGGCACAGAUUGAAAACUGUGUGAAGCGGCAGGAACUGUCAGAGGCAGAAACUGCCUUGCGGCAAAACAUCUCCCAGAAAGGUGAGAAUGCCUACUACUUCGCCCACAACCGGCAUUUUGAGAUUCCCGAGGAUGCUAAGAUCAUCAGCGGCCCGGGUCUAGUGACUGGUGGUUCUCCGGAGAGAAUCCAGAACAAUGACGCGGAUUUGAUCAAAGAGGAGAGAGUCGAGUGGAUCAAGGACUACGCCUGGGCCGAUGCCGGCGCCAAGGUCAAGGUCUACAUCGAGGUGCCACUGGCACCAGGGGCCUCAGACGACUCCGCGUCGGCGACUUUUGACACCAGGUCCUUUGUGCUGGACAUUGCUGGUGAACCAAGGAGGAAACUGAAAGUGGACAAGCUCAGUGCUGACAUCAAGCCAGAAGAGAGCAAAGUUCGUGUCGAGGCCGCGAAGGGUCGAGUCACGGUGGUUCUGGCGAAGAAGCGUGAUAACACUUGGCGCAGUCUGGUCCUCUUCGGCUGCUUCAAGCGGAACUUGAAGAACGAUGUCAAGGUGGCACAGUUGGUGGGCUAUGUCUCUGAACAAGCUGCCUACCAUCAUGGCGAGACGUCCUUGUCGGAGACCAUUGUGGGCAUGGCACAAGACUUUGUGGGCUCCAACAAUAUCAACUUGCUCAUGCCGCAGGGUCAGUUUGGCACCCGACUCCAGGGUGGCAAGGAUUCUGCGUCAGCGAGGUACAUCUACACCCGUUUGGCCCCCAUCACACGAGCCAUUUUUCCGGCAGCUGACGACCACGUCUUGGAGUACCAGAAUGAAGAUGGCCUUUCCGUGGAGCCCCGCUGGUAUUGCCCCAUCCUUCCCAUGGUGCUGGUGAACGGCGUGGAGGGCAUUGGAACUGGCUGGAGCAGCUCUGUGCCCAACUUCAACCCCAGGGACAUCAUCAGCAACUUGAGGCGAUGGUUGAAAGGGAAGCAAUUGGAAGAUAUGACGCCAUGGUAUGCAGGUUUCUGUGGUCGAAUUGUGAAAUCCAAGGAGGAAGGCAAGUUCGAGGUGGCCGGCAUCAUCUCCUAUUUGGGGGACAACAAAGCGGAGAUUACCGAGCUGCCCGUGAAGCGAUGGACGCAGGACUACCGGGAAUUCCUGGAAGAACAUCUUCCAAAGGGCGAGAAAAAGAAAGAGGGGAACAAGCUCUUGGAAGAUUACCAGGAGCACCACAGUGAGAAGACGGUCCAUUUCGAGCUUUCUUUGAGCGCUGAGGGAAAUGCGCAGGCUGAAAAGGACAACCUAGAGAAGGCCUUCAAGAUGCGAUCCUCCAUCAGUCUCAACAACAUGAUGCUCUUCAAUGCAGAUGGAAAGAUCAAGAAAUACGACAGUGCUUUAGACAUUUUGAGAGAAUUCGCAGAUGUGCGGCUUUCCAUCUAUGAAACGCGCAAAGCCUAUUUGCUGGCACGCCUGACUCGCGAAUGUGAGGUGCUGAGUGCCAAAGCGCGCUUCGUCAAGAUGGUCAUCGAGGGAAAGAUUGUGAUCCGAAAGAGGAAGAUUGUCGACCUGGCACAGGACCUUCGAAAGAACGGCUUCAAAGCCCUUUGGGAGCUCAAAGGGGAAAGUGCUGCAGAGACUGAAGAGAAGGGCGAAGACGAGGAGGCAGAUGAAGAUGAUGGCUCUGGUGAGGAGGGUGAUGCACCUGAUGCCACAAGGAAAGCCGUCAAGGAUUUCGAGUACCUGGUUGGAAUGCCAAUCUCAACCUUGACCGCAGAGAAGGUUGCAAAGUUGAUGCAAGAGCAAGAAAAGAAGGCGCAAGAGUUGCAGACCUUGAAGCGAAAGAAGCCUUCGGAUCUUUGGUUGGAGGAUCUGGAGGUUCUGGAAACAGCUCUGAACGAGCGAGAUGCUGCCGCACUGCAGGAAGAAGAGAAAGAGCAGGCGAAAAUUCAGAAGGCCAAAUCAAAGGCCAGCGCAGGACGUCGCAGCGUGAAGCGAAGCGCUUCUGGACCCCCAGCGCCCAAAAGUGAAGUCAAGCCGAAGGCAGCCAAGGAAAGCCGCUCCCAGAGUGUAGGCAGACGUGGCAUGAAGCGGAAUGCUUCUGGACCUUUGGAGGCCGCGUGA